CGCUAUAGGCAGUGUAAAUUUUUUGCAUUUGGCAACACUUCUAUGCUGAAUUAUAACAAAAUAAUAUAAGGAAAACAGUAUAGUAUAUAGAAUAUAAAUGUAUUUUUUUGUGAAUUUAAUGUCCAACUAGUAUUUCAUAUCAUAUAUCAACAAUAAAGAGAAAAUAAAAGAAAAACAAAUGCCUAAGAUUAAGUACAAAUAAGAACAAUUGAGUAGGCCAAAUAGAAAACUGAAGAGUUUAACAUGGAACAAUCCGCCUGUGAGGAUCUGAAGGCUUUCGAAAGACGACUCACAGAAGUGGUGUCCUCCUACAAACCUUCAACAGUGCGUUGGAGAAUUGUCUUGACUGUUAUAUCAUUGUGUACAGCUAUUAGUGCCUGGUAUUGGUUAAGAGAUCCGCGUACAUCAGUUGUCCCGCUAACCGAAUCCCUGCUUAUACAUCCAGUUUUUACAUUUGCUACGUUAACGUUAGUUAUUUUAUUUAUUUUCGGCAUUCACAAACUUGUCAUUGCUCCACAAAUCGUUACUUCACGUAUGCGCGUUGUACUAAAUGAUUUUAACAUGAGCUGCGAUGAUACGGGGAAGCUAAUAUUGAAACCAAGACCGAACAAUAACUAAAUAUCUUUGGAGGAAUGAUCAUAAGUUGUAAAGCUUUUUGAAGUUAAGAAAAAUGAAAACUUAAAAUAUAGUAAAUUCAUAACUAUUCAUAUACUUGUAGAUAUAAUAAUCACUUUGCUUCAUUAUAAAUUAGUGUAUGAUUUAUUUUGUGUGACAAUUAAAAAUUUGUAAUAAGUAGAAAAUAUAAUUCUUUUCUUGAAAAUGAAUUGAAAAUGCUGAAGUGACCUAAAGAUUUCGACUGACAACUCAAUAGUCUUGGAUUCAAAUUCCAGUGCGGUAGAGGUUUCAAUAAAGCGGAUCGCCUUACAUGCUAUUGGCUAAGGCUUUGGUCUUAGAAUUUAUUUCUCUGGCUAAAUUAAUAAUAUAGAUAUAUUGUAGGAGAAAAAUUAUAUCGGUUAAAUUCAACUUGAAUAUACAAUGACAAAAUGCCACGCCAAGAUUCGUUCAGAUAAUAAACAACUUGUUGAUGAGUUGAGCAAUACUGAACACCAAAUCGCUUUGGGAUAUAGGGAAUGAUUUGCUUUUUCACGAAAACGUGAAAGUUAUGACACGUUAAGGGAACUAAAUACGCAUUGACAAUUGCGCUGCAUUCUCCAAACAGCUAUAGUGCCUUUAGAAGGCAAAGCAAAAACAUUUUGCUUAAUUCUCCCUUCCUGUCCGUCUACCAAAAUAAAAUCGGCUAUAAUUGUUGUACUUAUUCAAUUAAAACAUGAAUAAUGAUUUAAAGACGAGAAUUUAGAACUUUUUACAUCAUUUUUGACAUAAACCAAGAAAACUUGACUAUGUUUUUACUUCUAAAGAAUUUACUUUAUUUUUUAAUAACUCUCUUGUC